AUGAAUUCUGGAAUAACGUCUAUCAAGCUUGUGUUGCUGGGAGAAGCGGCGGUGGGAAAAUCGUCUAUCGUUUUAAGAUUUGUAUCAAAUGACUUUACAGAGAAUAAGGAACCCACUAUAGGAGCAGCAUUUCUCACGCAGAGGGUGAAUAUUGGCGAGCAGACGGUUAAAUUUGAGAUAUGGGACACUGCGGGUCAGGAGAGGUUUGCCUCGCUAGCGCCCAUGUAUUACCGAAACGCUCAGGCCGCACUGGUGGUAUACGAUAUCACGAAACCGCAGUCUUUCAUCAAAGCGCGCCAUUGGGUGAAGGAGCUGCACGAGCAGGCUAGCAAGGGAAUCAUUAUUGCACUUGUCGGGAACAAGGUCGAUAUUGUCAGCAGUGGAGGUGAGAGGAAAGUUGCACGCGAAGAAGCAGAGAAGCUCGCUGAGGAAGAAGGGCUUCUGUUUUUCGAAACCAGUGCCAAAACUGGGGAGAAUGUCAACGAGGUGUUUCUGGGGAUUGGAGAGAAGAUCCCACUUGGAAGGCCUGAUGAACAGUCGGGACUGCAAAAUGGCGGCGUCAGGAUCACGGAUGAUCAGAGGAUUGACCUGGCAUCAACAGGAUCUGGCGCUGUAGCAGCCAGCGGGUGUAAUUGUUGA